AUGGAAAUUUUCUCAAUGAGUUUUAAUUCCCACACCUUACUGGCAACCCAUGCUGUGUUUCUAUUCUCAUCUACUCUCAAAUAUGCUGCAGCAGCUACUAUACUUGGAAACGAAACUGACGAACUAGCCUUACUUGAAUUCAAGUCCCAAAUAACUGAGGAUCCAUCAAGAGUUUUCGCCUCUUGGAACCAAUCUGUUCAUUUAUGUCAGUGGACUGGAGUAAAAUGUGGCCUGACACAGGAAAGGGUCAUCAGUUUGAAUCUAAAAGGGCUGAGUCCGGCAGGUACAAUCUCAGAUCUUUCUUUGCUCAAUUCUCUUGACCUGGCAGAAAAUUCAUUCCAUGACGAAAUUCCUCAACAACUCAGCAGGCUGUCAAGGCAUCAAAACCUGAAUUUGAGUUUUAACUAUCUAACAGGGGAAAUUCCAGUUAAUCUAUCACAUUGUGUUAACCUCAAGAGCCUUGUGCUGGACCACAACACUCUUGUGGGACAGAUUCCUUACCAAGUUGGAUCUUUAACAAAGUUAGUGAGAUUGUAUCUCAGAAAUAACAACCUGACAGGAAUCUUUCCAGUGUCUAUUGGAAAUCUUACAUAUUUAGAAGAGUUGUAUUUAUCGUACAACAGUCUAGAGGGAGAAGUGCCAGCUUCUUUUGCUCGAUUGACCAAGUUGAGACUGCUUGGAUUGUCAUCCUCUUUGGCCAAUGCUUCAAAAUUGCUACAGCUUGAUUUCCCUGUAAACAAAUUCACUGGAAAUAUACCAAAGGGUUUUGAUAACUUGCGGAAUUUGUUGUGGCUCAAUGUUGGGAGUAACCAUCUUGGAUACGGUAAGAAUGACGACCUUGACUUUGUAAAUUCUCUUACCAACUGCAGCAGUCUACAAAUGCUCCAUUUUGGAGACAACCAGUUUGUAGGUACAUUAUCUCAUUCAACAGUCAACCUUUCUAGUCAGUUACAAUGCCUACUCUUCUUCGGGAACAGAAUUGGUGGAAGCAUACCCAGAGAGAUCUCAAACCUGGUGAAUUUGAAUCUACUCGACAUGAGCAACAAUAAUCUUUCAGGUAGCAUUCCAGAUUCUAUUGGAAGACUUGCAAACUUGGGAAGUCUUGACUUGCGUAACAACCUCUUGACAGGGGUAAUCCCUUCUUCAAUAGGCAACCUCACUGAACUCGUCUAUCUUUAUUUAGGAUUUAACAGGUUAGAGGGUAACAUACCUUUAAGGUUAACCUUGGGAAAUUGUAACCAACUUCUAAGAUUGGACAUUUCUGAAAACAACCUGACUGGAUCUAUACCACAACAACUUAUUGCUCUCUCAUCCCUCACAAAAGUUUAUGCAUAUUAUAACUCUUUGACUGGCACGUUACCAGUGCAUAUUGGGAACUGGAGUCAUCUUACUUAUCUAGAUUUUUCUUUCAACAAUUUUUCGGGUAUGAUUCCACGAUCUCUGGGAAAAUGCUUUGUCCCUGGGGGAGAUCUAUAUAAAGGGGAACUCCCUCUAGGGACCAUUCCCGAUUUAGAAGAUUUGCAGGAUCUCCAGUCCUUGGAUCUUUCCCUCAAUAACCUAUCAGGGCCAAUCCCUCACUUCAUUGCAAAUCUUACUUCCUUACUCUACUUAAACUUAUCUUUUAACAAUCUAGAGGGUGAGGUUCCUAUCACCGGAAUAUUUUCAAAUUUGAGUACAGAUGGAUUUGUCGGUAAUUCCAAGCUUUGUGGUGGGAUUCAGGAGCUACAUUUACGACCCUGUGUUUAUCAAGAAACUCAGAAGACACAGAAGAAGGAUGUACUUUCCCUAAAGUUAAUUUUGACAAUUGUUUUUGCUGCUUCAUUUUCAAUCCUGGCCUUGUUAAUAGUUUUCCUUUGUUGGAGAAGAAAUUUGAAAUAUCAACCAGAACCAGAAGUUAGGUCAGAAUCUGCACGUUUCUACCCCAAUAUUUCUUAUGAAGAGCUCCGCAUUGCAACUGGUGGAUUUUCUUCUGAAAAUCUUAUUGGCUCUGGCAGUUCCGGAACUGUUUACAAGGGAACUUUUGCCUCUAAUGGAAUGGUCGUUGCUGUCAAGGUACUCAAUCUACUGCAUCAAGGUGCUUCAAAAAGCUUCAUAGCAGAAUGCCAAGCAUUGAGAAACAUUAGGCACCGGAACCUUGUCAAGGUCAUCAGUGCAUGCUCAAGUUCUGAUUUCAAGGGAAAUGAGUUUAAAGCUUUAGUCUUUCGGUUCAUGCCAAAAGGGAACUUGGAUGAAUGGCUACAUCCGGAAAGGGAGAUACAGAAGAGUAAUUUGACCAUACUUCAGAGAAUGAAUAUCAUAAUAGAUGUGGCCUCUGCACUUCAUUAUCUUCACCAUCAGUGCCAAACACCCAUGAUUCACUGUGAUAUCAAACCACAGAACAUUCUUCUUGAUGAAGAUCUAACAGCUCAUCUGGGCGACUAUGGUUUGGUGAGACUCGUUCCUGGAUUCAGUAGUGGAUCGGAACUACAUCAGUUUAGUUCACUUGGAGUUAUGGGAACCAUUGGCUAUGCAGCUCCAGAAUACGGCAUGGGUAGCAAGGUUUCCAUUUUAGGAGAUGUGUACAGUUUUGGGAUUCUCAUAUUGGAGAUAUUCACUGGAAGAAGACCCACAGACACUUUGUUUCAAGCAAGCUCUAGUCUCCACCACUUUGUGGAAACAGCAUUGCCUGAGAAAGUUAUGGAGAUUCUAGAAAAAAAGGCUUUUCAUGGUGAGAUGACAAGUAUAUCAACCAAUGGAGAAGAAUACUGGGGGAACAUCAAGAAAGAACAGAUGGAAUGCUUGGUUGGCAUACUUGAGAUUGGUGUUGCAUGUUCAGCUGAAUCCCCAAGAGACAGAUUGACCAUGAGACAAGUUUACAGUAAGUUGACACUAAUAAGAGAAAAAUUUCUAGGAGCAGAAGACGUAUGAAGAGGAGAU